GAUCUGUGCUGAGUGCUGGGUGGAGUCUGGGUAGUGCUGUCCCUGUUGGCUCCCGAGGCAGCUGCAGCCUUGUGUGUAAAUGCAGGAGUGGACCAGCCACGGAGAGGACAGGUUGGGGAUGGGAGGCAUGCAGCCAAAGUUCUUCUCGCUGCGGGAAGGAAGACGUGUACAGUGAGGAUGAGUCGAUGUGCGCAGUGCAAGGACCUUGAACUCCUGUCCGAUUCCCCUGUGGCCCGAGGCAGCCGGGAUGACACUUCUCCCCAGGAACCCUGCUAUCUGCUGAGAAACAUGACCAGCAAAUCCCCUCCUCUGUGCAUGUACCUUGCAGGCUGGAAGUUCCUGGCCAUGCUGGCUCUGGUCCUUGUCGCUGUCAUGGUGUGGUAUUCCAUCUCCCGAGAAGAUAGGUACGUUGAACUCUUUUAUUUUCCCAUCACAGAGAAGAAAGAGCCGUGCUCCCAGGGUGAGGCAGAGAGGCAGGCCUCUAAGAUUUUCGGCAACCAUUCUAGGGAAAAGCCCAUCUUCCUGCAGCUUAAGGAUUAUUUCUGGGUGAAGACACCAUCGGCCUAUGAGUUGCCCUUUGGGACCAAAGGGAGUGAAGACCUUCUUCUCCGGGUGUUGGCCAUCACUAGCUAUUCUGUCCCUGAGAGCAUACAGAGCCUCGAGUGUCGUCGCUGUGUUGUGGUGGGGAACGGGCACCGGUUGCGAAACAGUUCACUGGGAAGUGUCAUCAACAAGUACGAUGUGGUCAUCAGACUGAACAAUGCUCCUGUGGCUGGUUAUGAGGGAGAUGUGGGCUCUAAGACCACCAUACGUCUCUUCUACCCUGAGUCGGCCCACUUCGACCCCAAAAUGGAAAACAACCCAGACACACUCUUGGUCCUGGUAGCUUUCAAGGCAAUGGACUUCCACUGGAUUGAGACCAUCCUGAGUGAUAAGAAGCGGGUGCGCAAAGGUUUCUGGAAACAGCCUCCCCUCAUCUGGGAUGUCAACCCCAAACAGAUUCGGAUUCUCAACCCCUUCUUUAUGGAGAUUGCAGCAGACAAGCUCCUGGGCCUGCCCAUACAGCAGCCUCGAAAGAUCAAGCAGAAGCCAACCACAGGUCUGCUAGCCAUCACUUUGGCCCUACACCUCUGCGACUUAGUGCACAUCGCUGGCUUCGGCUACCCGGAUGCCUACAACAAGAAGCAGACCAUCCACUACUACGAACAGAUCACACUGAAGUCUAUGGCGGGGUCAGGGCACAAUGUCUCCCAAGAGGCUGUAGCCAUCAAGCGGAUGCUAGAGAUGGGAGCUGUCAAGAACCUCACGUACUUCUGAAUUGGAUGAAAGCUGUAAAUGCCAGUUCCCUACUUUGCCACCUGAGUGGCCCCUGUCUACGGCUUCAGGAUGCCUGGGGCCAGUACAACUCACUUGAACUCACCCUCAGUGCCGGAGGGUGUCCUGGCACUGGCCAGGUCUCAGGAGAGGCUGUGUCUCUGGCUCCUCUGGUGGAGUCCAGAUCCAGACAGGGUGGACACACUGAGGCUACAGGAGCCUGGCCAAGGGAGGUGGGGCUUGCUGCUGUGGCAUCCCCUCUCUGCCAGCUCAAAGGGGUUUUGAUUGUUCUGGGGGCUCCUUUUUUUAUUUUGUUUUAUUUGUUUGUU